GCAGUUCUCCACCGGAAAAUCCCGCGGCUUGUGUCGAGCUGCCUGACAUCCUCAUGUGACAACAAAAAUUUGUCUGAAAAACUUAACAACGAAGGAAUAACAUUGAUAAACCUAACCGAGGAGAGACAGGUGUCAACAUGAGUGAAGACGCGGACUCCCCUCCUGAGAGGGAAAUGAAGGUAACGCUGCGUUAACAAGUUUGUUGUCAAGUUAGCAUGUUAGCUCAUUUUUGCUAGCGCUGCGUCUGUUCAUUUGUUUAGCUUAACUCGCUGCUAAGAUAGAGAAUCGGCUUAAAUUUGUCUUUAUAAGCCAAAAAUAUUUACACAGCUUACCCGCUGUAACACACUAGGUGGAUGUAGAUUCUUUAGUCGCAGUUUGAACAUUAAUGUUUGCAUUACCUUUGCAGUAACUAUGUACUUGUUAGCAUAGUAGCAUUAUGUUACUGUAAUAGCAUUGCAAGUUGACAGAGCAGAAGAGUGUGGUAUCUGUAUAUAUAACCUCAUCUCUUAACCUUUGCCUUUAAAAGAACGAGAAAUCUUGUGUGCUCGGUAUCAAACACUUGUUGAAAAGUAAAGUCUUGAAUUUCGCAUUGUAUGCUGUUGAAAAACAAUAGUCUGUUUGGUCAGAGGUUUUAUUAUUUCUGCACAUUUACAUGAAGUUGUGAACUCAUAAAUGCUGUGAAAUACCCAUGAACAUCUGUGGUAUGUCACAAUUCUUUAAACUUAAAUAUUGCACCUCAAAUUGUGCAUGUAUAUCAAGUUUAAUCUGUGUUUUGAUUGUUGAAACUUGUAUGUACAAGUUUAUAUUUGUAUAAUUUGUGAAUAAGUAAGUAUGUUAUACAUUAAUCAUGUGAUUUGGAUAUGUAAACCAAUUCUCCAAGUGUUUGACAUUGUUUGACCCUUAUUAAAUUAUGCCCUCUUUUUUGUGUGAUAUUCAUUUCCAUAUGAUUGUUUUGCUUUUUUCGUUACUUUGUUGUGUUGAUGUGAUGUAUGAUUGAUUUUACUAUCCUACUGAUGUGUCUUUUAAUUGUCCUGUAAGGUGUCUUUGAGUGCCCUGAAAGGUGCCUACAAAUAAAAUGUAUUAUUAUUAUUUUUAUUACAUGUGCUCAGACUUAUAUCUUAUGACCCCUUAGGAUUUCCAGUUUCGUCAGAUGAAGAAGGCGAGAGUUUUUAACCCUUCUGACGAAUUGCCGAAAGAAAGAUCCAACCUGCUCACCGUCUCAAACAAAUUUGGCCUUACAUUUGUUGGCCUGGACAAAAUAUUCAAAGUUUACCUCACUCAAGAUAUUCUAGCGGCUGAUAAAAACGAUGGCAACUCCAAUGAAAUAGGUAUGAAAAUGAGCUUCCCGGUUUAAAUUAAAACACGUUUGUAUUCAUUCCUGCUCUGCCUUGUAAUGUGAUGGACUAUCACUGAAAAACAUCAAGCUCAAUUUCCAUUUAUGUCUUUGCCUCACAAUUUACUCCAAUUUUCCUUUUUGUUCUAGUCGAGGGGAUUGCAGCUUUGGCAGAGGUGACUGUGGAAAUGUCUCUGCAUCAUUUAGCUCUGAGCUGUGAUGAGCUAACGUUGUCAGUAUGUGGCGCGUCUGAGAGUGCUGGAUUGUCCCUCACAUUCUAUGAUGUCCGUACCUUCAUGAACAAGGUAUCUGCUUUAAUCAAAUAACUCAAUAUGCUUGUGUAUUCAUCAUGCAUUACUAACAGUGUAGAAAAAACUGUUAAAGAUGUUGUUGAAGGUUUUUCAGGUUAACACAGUCUUCAAUAAUCAAGCUGUCCAUUACUAGAAACAAUGACUAUUUAACAAAAUUAGUUUACCGUAUUUUCCGAACUUUAAGUCACACUUUUUUCAUAGUAUGGCUGGAUUUGCGACAUAUAUUAAAAUAUAUAAUUUCAUACAUAAUUUAGUCUUGGAUUUUGUCAAAUAAAUUUCCCCCCAAUAAUGCGACUUAUACAGGUUAAUGUUUUUUCUACUUCAUUAUGCAUUUUUUGGCUGGUGGGAUUUAUACUCCGGAGUGACUUAUAGUCCGGAAAAUACGGUAAUCAUAAAGUCUCAAAAUAGAUAAUCUAACACUUUUAUUUUAGCCUGUAUAAAAAGACAACACCUUCUGUACAUGUUCACUUUGAGUUUUUACCUAACAAGGGUGAUAUUACAGGGUAUAUCAGCCUCCUUAAAGAAUAGUUCGUGAAUAGUUCUCCUACAUUGUAAUGGGGCAAUAUCUGUCACGUUCGCUCAUUUGAUCUGUUAUUCAUUAAUAUAUGCUAUUCUGAUUCUUAUUUUGACAUCUUUUUUGAUGCUGUUCUUCCCAGGGAAGACCACAGAAGUUACCUUUUGCGUCACUGGCCCCAGCAGUCCCUCCCGGCACGUUGGUCCAGGACCUAAAGUGGAAUCCUGCGCAGGCAUCCAUGUUGGCUGCGUGUGUCUCUGACGGCAGUAUGAUGAUUUUGGAUGUUACUGAAGGAGUCCAAAUCACAGCUCAGCUGCCUCCUCCAAGCGGCAUCACCUGCAGUGAGUGAGACUCAAACACAGUAGAACCCCUUUCACACAUACACAAAGUUCCUGAAAAUAUCACAAAGCCGCAUGUGUGAACACAAACUGCUGAGGGUUUCUCUCCAAAUUUACAUUUCCCUACCAGACUCCUGGUAUCAUUUUUGGGUGAAGUCCCGGUGCACUCAUGUGAGAACACAGCAGGAAAUCUGGUGUCUAAGCACUGUGAGCAGUUGUGACUUUACUGUAAGAAUAAGGCAGCAUGGUUUGGAGCACUAACAAGAAACUUUUGGAAGGAUGUAUCAGGGCACCCCUUUGGUAGCAGGUUUCGAUCCUUUAUUACACAAUCUGCCCUUAAGAUUUCAGCAUCAGAUAACACUGUGGAUACACACUGAUGAUGAGCACCCAUUAUUGAGGAUUCUGUAUACUGUGUGCACCUUCAUAGGGAACAUUAUAGGUUAGAGGACUGUUUUCAACCAGGUAAAAGUACAUUUAUCGAGAUGAAAAUAACAUUAAAUAGUAGUAGUGACACUGCUUUAUACUCGUCUUUUCACUCAUCCGUUGAUACUCUGCUAAAUUACUCAUUGCUUUGACAUACAGGGUGUAAAGAAGAAAACAAGAACAGAGAAUAAGAUUUAGAGUUAAUUAGAACAAAUGGAAGCGUAGAAUUAAAGGAUUAGUGAUUUUAAUCAUUGAUAAAAUUGUAUGUCAUUACACUGUGACUUCUAUAGUGUCUAUUUGAUGCCAUGAUCAACCUCCUGAGCGCCUGUACCUCUGUCCGACAGAGUAGGCUUCACACUGCAAGGUUUUAUAUGGUUUUAUAUAAAUGUAUCUCUGCUGUGGUUUAACUGUUGUUCAUGGAUCUUCUCUCUCACAGUCUGCUGGAGUCCGAAAGGAAAACAAGUCGCAGCAGGAAAAAUGGACGCCACAGUCAGUCAGUAUACCCCAGUAAGUGAACACAAUGCAUCAUCAUUGAAAAUCUGCAUCUUGUUGCUUCGUGAAAGGUGAAACAUUCAGAGACUAAGAAGAAAAUCAGUAACACUUCACAUGUAAAGGCGUAAGAGUUUAAAACGAGCAAAAGUUAAAUCCUUUUUUGCAAUUUGUUUAAACUGUUUAAAUACAACAGAUGAGUUUAAGAAGACUAACUGCUGUUUUCUUUCUAAAAGACACUGGAACAAAAGAAAGUCAUUCCAUGUCCAGACUUCUACACAUCUGAUGAACCUGUCAAAGGUAAGAUGACUCCUGUAUCACUUAUGUUAAUCUGUGUGCAAAGGCUGAGCUGUGGCUUAUUUUAUCUAAUAAAUGAACGAAUCGUCAAGUAAGUGGUUUGGAUUUCUGUUUGUUGCUGUGUACAUGUCUUAUCACUGGCUAAUGCCUCUCUCUCUUGUUCUCUCUCUCUCUCUCUCUCUCUCUCUCUCUCUUAGUUCUGGAUGUGCUGUGGCUGAAAACCUACGUGUUUGCUGUAGUGUAUGCUGCUGCAGAUGGCUCUCUGGAGACCCCUCCUGAGCUAGUGCUCAUCUCCCUCCCUGUGAGUACGCCCUACAUACAAACAUCCACUCAAUCCCAGCUAUGACUUUUUCAUCUUUGUGAGGUUGCCCUUCUUUUGCUUUUUGUCUCAGUGCAUUUGACUAUGAAUUUAAUUUAAAACUAACAUGUUACCAGUUUGGUUUGUGAUACUUUAACCACACAACCUCAAAAAAAGCGAGAAACAAAUGAAGAAUUGGCUGCUUUUCCAAGUUAGGUACAUGGUAAAUGGACUUAAAUGUUGCUUUAAGAGUCUCUCAACGGGCUUUUACAUUACUUGUCACAUUUCCACCACAUUCAUACAGUGAGGGCAGAGGAUGCUAUAAUAGGGCACCAUCUGUAUUAACUAAUUUCCAUUCAAACACAUGCAACUGGAAGAUAACUGACUGGACUGCAGAGCCACAGCCACUUUGAGGGUAACAUGUAAUUCAGUGUUACCACAUUUUUAUUAAGCGCUUCUGUAGUUACAACAACCAAACCAAAGACAAGAACCAGACUCAGACAUGAAAAGCUUUUAUUCUGACUCUUUGUGAAGCAGCUGCAGAAGUUGUAUCAGUUGUUUAACCUUAAUAAGCAAAUGUGACAGAGUGAAUUUGUUUUCGGUUAUCGUUGUGUAGAAAAAGGAUGAAAAAAUGGAGACAAAAUACUUGAACUUCAGUGACACGGUUUACGGCAGCUGCACUGGGCGACAGCACCACUACUUCCUCAGCCAUGUGGAGGACUGGUAAUCAAAACCACAUUUUGCAAACACACAAAAAAAGCAUGUUAACUGUCUAAAAUGUGCUUGUAACUCCUUGAAAGUCAUCAUUUGUUUUUGUAAAUGUAUUAAAUGUCUUAAUUUUUUCUCUGCGUCUCUUAUUUUUAUCCAGGGAUCUUGUAUUUGCAGCAUCAGCAGCCUCUAUUGAAGUCAGCGUCAUAGCCAGACAAGAUGACAAGGUUCGUAAAUAACUUUAAAUCACUCAGCUUUGAAUAUAAAUAGAAAUAAAGGUGUUUUUUUUGUGUGUGUAGCUUUUAUCAUGUUAGGUCCAAAGAGUUGAAUUCUGCUUGAUUUGAUCAAGGCUACAGUUGAUAACACAAAGUUUUGACGUGCCGUGUUUUAUAUAAAGAAAGGUUGUUAUUAUCAUUUUGUUUAGCUUUGAUUUGCUGUAUGUUUGAGCGCUUAUUUUAUGGCGUAAACACACCGAAAGUCAGACUCUUGAUGACAACAGGGAUUUGUCCCUUCAGAUCUGGGAGCUUUGGAUCCUGGAGGAUGCAAGUCGGGCUGAACUCCCAGUGACCGACACAAACGAAGACACUCUUCCCCUCGGCUUAGCAAUAGACUUCACCAGCCAGCAGGAGAUCCACAUAAGUAAGAGAAUCUGGCUUCUUGUGCUCUUUUCUUUUCUUCACUCAGAUCAGAUUUUGACAUCGACACAGUGUCACAGUAGGAGCUUUAGGAGAACAAAGCUAUACUUUCUCAUGAAGGUUUAUGAGGAUUUUUAAAGUCUUUUUAGGAAAGAUUUGAGGAAAGGCCAAAUGCUUUUCAUACUAAUUCUUAUUCUGGUACAAAUUUAAAAAAAGAGGAGUAGUAUUAAAGUUCACUAAAGUGUACAGGCACCCCGGUGGACCUCCUGGUCGCAUAUUCACUGAUGGUAGAAGCAUAGAAGUCACAGCAUGUUAUCUACAGGAGCAGCAACUCCACCACAGACAGGCGUAGUAACCUGUUGAUGUUUUCUGUUUACUGAGUCCAGCUGCUCCAGUCUGCGCUCUGCUCAUGCUUCAAAAUCCACACCCAGUUGGAAAGAGCACACAGCGUGAGACAGAGUAUUAGUUUUGAGACACGUCAAUGAGAUGGGUGAACAUCUCUACUUAGAGACAGGCGGCUUUGUAACAGAUUUGUAACUCAUUUCAUGAAGUCCGGUGCUGAUCAGAUGCAAACAUUCAUGUAUUUCUUCUAUUUGCAAUCUUGAAACAGACUGAAGUAUCUUUGUAAAGUCAAAAGAAGUGAAAUUCAACUUUUUUCACUCAUUAUUUCUUUACUUAAACGGCUAUAACUGUUCUGUAACUUUCAUCCUGAUUCUAUUAAAAGCAUAAAAAAGCACUGAAAGCGUCGAGUAUAUGAGAAAAUACUGAAAUGACAGUAAAGACGAUUAAAAGAAAAUUAAACCAGCCGAGGCAGGUUUGUACACCAUCUGCCACCAGCGAUACCACCCACUGUGAUAACUUUGUUUUAUUAAACAUUUAUGCCAAAAAGAAUUUCCAUCGUACAAAUGUUUUGUAAUUUAAGAAAAAUCAGCUUUUGUCUAACUUUUUGUCUGGGUUAUCUCUUGUGCUGUAUUUUAUGUUUAUUUUGAUCGUUUUUUUUUGUGUGUUCCUACAUAUUUACAUCAAACACUCCUCUAUCUUGUGAUCCUAAACCUAUCGGGCGUCUUUGUGCAUAUAGCUUCCUCUGCAUUGCUCUUUUGCUGCAUGCCUAAAGAAUAGUGAUAAGCUUCUAUCUCAGAACACUGUUUUAUCUUAAAUGGCCGAGUCUGCCAGACAUUCACGUAGGGCUGCUGCUGCUGCUGUCUAGUCACAUCUCUCCCCCGCGCACUGGCUCCAAGAACUCCCUCCCCCAGCUAGAGAGAAAAACCUGCAAUUUGAGCAACAUUUUGACAUGAUUGUAGAGUGAUCAAAACCUUUUAUCCGGAGAGAGACGUUAGAUAGGGAAAGCGGAGGGAGAGAGUUAUCUGUGGAGACAAAAAAAAAAAAGAGAAAAGAACGCACUCAUUAAAAUGGCUCAGACAAGCUAGAGGACCACAACAAACAACAAAGCCCAGACAAUCCUGUUGCUGAAUGCUGAUGAGGUUUACCGUGUGCCUCUCCCUUCUGUUCAGUCUCUAUCUCAUCCCUUCUCACCAUCUCUCAAACUUUAGUUUCAUAAGUUAGAUAAAACUGAACUUUUGAUGCAGUUUUAUUGAUUUUUUUUGUCUGUAUUGGUGCCCAUUUUUAAGCAGAAUUUGGAUCAUUUCAUCCCUUGCAACUUAAUAUUUGUGCGUGUUCGCUCUGAGGUAUUUCGUGUAUGUAUUCUGGAAAAGUACAAGCCUCUCAGUGUGUCUCCUAAGUAAAAGUUUGAAUUUGUGCGGACAAUAACUUAUUGUCAUAAUGUCAGGAGAAUACACGCAGCAUGGGAUGAAUAUACAGUAGAUGCUAAACAGUAGGUAGUAGUCAGAGUGGUGAGUCAGCGGUAAUUAAUCACACUGACAUGCUCUGCUACUGCUUUCAUCCCCUGAUGACAGUGAAAGUUAUACUAGAGGAGAAGUUUUAAGAUAUGACACAUACUCCUGCAGGGAACAAAAAAAGGACAAAGUGUUCAGGAAGUGGACCGAUCUCAAAAUGACUAGUAUCAUCUCUGACUAAUGCAUCUUUAAUUUGGGGUGUGAAGACUCAUUUAAAUGUUGGUUUAGACUGGAUUUUGCCAUUUUUGUCUGCAGCCCACGGCGCACUGCGUGAUUUUAGGAAGUGGGUGUGAAGAGCAGGGAUGAGUUUGGGGGUUUGGCAGGAAGAGGAAUGAAGUGGACUGUGUUUUACCAAAUGAGGCAUCUUAGGACACUUCUCUCACUACACGACUACAGUGUGCCUUUUCCCACUGAACACUGGGUGCUUAUUAUACCAGGCGGGAGGCGGGAUAAGAGGGAAGGUCAUGGUGGAAAGUAGAGCAGAAACAUACAUCGUUUGUACUCGGGUGUCUUAAACACUUUCCCGAUUCAACCAGCGUUUUGUCAUCAUGAACAGAGCAAGCAUAGCAAGCAGACAACACAGAGCUGUUAAUUGUCUCCCUUGUGCUGUGGUGUGAUUUGGACGCAGAGCUGUGCAGAACGCUAAAUAAUUCCUCACAAUAGUCUGUUACUGUGCUAUGAGGAUUAUGCAUAAAUGCAGCUCUUAUUUCAUAAACUUAAGAAAAAAAAUCCCCACCAGAGAACCGGAGAGAUUCCUUCUCGCUCUGAUAUCUGAGUUAGGUUAUUUAAUGUCUCAUGAGGGGGUAGAAAGAAGACAAGAUCGGCUCUUUGGUUUCAUAAUCAGUCGACUACACCCUUGUCUUUAUCUAAAUGUUGUUUUAUCCGUGUCCCCUCUCAAAGCUGACGAGAAGACCCUGCCUCCAGCUCCCACCAUGCUGAUGCUGUCCACUGAGGGUUUACUGUGCCCCUUCGCUCUGCUCAACCUCAAUCCCGGGGUCAAGCAGCUGGUCACAGCCCCCGCCAUGCUCUCUUUGGAGGGGGAGAGACUUCCCAAGCCAGGUAAGUCAGUGUGUGAACUAACUCUUAAAAGAUUUUGAAAGGACUGUUAAAGCACUUUAGGGGGACAUGCCAAUAACAUUACUACCUCACAGACCCCACUGUGUGUGCAGAGUUAUAACGCGAACUUUACAUCAAUAAACUGAAAGCUUCUCAAAACAUAGAGGUAACAAUAAUCUGAUGCACUAAUAGAAAAGUGAGGAGAGUUUUCUCUUGUUUAUUACUUCCUCUCUAUAUAAACAGAACUAACGCUAUUUAGAUAAACCACUGAUGGGUGAAACGGACAACAAGUUCCAGAUGUGUAAACUGAUGUCCAAUGAUAAUUUAGUCUAGACUUUCCCACCACCAGCGCAGUGCCGAUGUGCUCUAACUGCUGAUGUAAUAGUUUAAGGAAAAUGCAUUGCCUAAAAAAUGACAAGGGCUGUAUUUUUCCUUCACAACAGACCUUAUAUAUACCUGUUAUGAGAGGGGCACAGCACUCUGAACUGCAUCUUUAAGCCGAUCAAAACCACACAAUUUAAUAAAUAUGCCCUCUAGCAGGGCACCAACUGAGGCUUAAUUAUGCUUUUAUUUUUGACAUAAGUUAGCAAAAAUACUGCAAACGUUCACUAUUAAACUGAUGUAUAUGUAACAAGAGAAUUUCCCCCAGUAGAGGAUCAAUAAAGCAUAUCUUAUCUUAUCUCUCUAAUCUCAACUGACAUACACUUCAUCAGCAAAGAUGAGGCAAAAACAUGGCUGCAGUGAAGGUUUGUACCUGUCACAGGAAUGCGUUUCUCGUACUUUAAACAAGAGAUUAGAUGCUCAGUGAAGAAAAUAUAAAAGAUUUUGAAUGUCAGACAGCCCACUACUAACAUUUUUGCAUCCUCAUUGUCUCUUAAAAGGAAAUUCAGGCAUAAAAUUAAUUUAACACUGAGUCAGAAACCCCCUUGAGAGAUGAAUGUUGCCGACCGCUUGCUUCUCUAGUUAUACCGACUUUAGUAACGACCGAACAAGGUCAUACACAAACCUCAACCAAAACGCCGCUCUAUAACUACAAAUAAUGCUCAGAACAGCACCUAACUUCAUUAACAGUACAUAUAGGGUCAUAGCCAUAGUACUAGCCACAAAACAUCUUUUUAACUUUGCCUAAUUUCUUUAGCAAAGAGACUAAACUCAACUCACCUACUAUUUUCCAGCAGCCGCUUGUUUGUAUGGAGACCUUUGGCGAGUCCAAACUGGCGGCAGCGGGGUGACACAGCUCAAGGAAGAACAUUUAUGCUCAUUUCUUUUAUCAUUUUCUUGAAGUAAUAAUCACCAUAUUAAUUAUUUUGCACUGCAGACGCGGUAGUUCUUCUGCCUUAGCGUCUCGGUCUGAUUGCAUUUCCAUGAAGAAAUGAUCAUAAAUGUUCUUCCUUGAGCUGCAUCACCCCGCUGUAGUCCGUAAUGGACUUGUCAAGGUCUUGCUACAAACAAGUGGCUGCUGGAAGAGAGUAGGUGAGUUGUGUUCAGUCUCUUUGCUAAAGAAAUAAGGCAAAGUUAAAAAGAUGUUUGGUGGCUCGUGCUGUGGCUGGGACCCUAUAUGUCCUGUUGAUGAAGUUAGGUGCUGUUCUGAGCAUUAUUUGUGGCUAUAGAGUGGCUCCUGUGACCGCUGUGUAUUGCUAUCUUGCGGUCUAUACUAAAGUUGGUAUAACUAGAGAAGCAAGCGAUCAGCAACAUUCAUCUCUGGAGGGGGUGUCUAACUCGGUGUUAUGGUCUGUUUGACCCUCAAUUAAUUUUACGCUGGAAUAUCCCUUUAAAUUAAAACCAUAAACCGGUUAAUUUCUAUCGUCAUCUGUGUAUUCUUAGCUUGUAAUCAUCUUGUCUUUGUCAUUACAACAUUGAUGAACAUUCAUCAUCAUAAAUAUAAAACUGGUUCCAUCUGCGUUUCUAGUGUUUUCAGACCUGAACAGGUUUAUCCUUCUCUGGCUUAAAAGUUAUAGAGGGAAAAGUUUUUAAAGACUGUCUGGCAGCUUGCAGUGAAAAGAAAGUUAGUCAUCUGUUCCAUAGCAGUGGUUUUGUAUAUUAAGCACAACUAUACAGUUUUUUUUCUCUUUUAGAAUAAUCCUCAUAUCCAUUACACAUUUUAAAAGCAAACUGGAUUAUUAAACGCUGACAGUCCUCUUUUGUUGUUGUGGAGUUGUGUGGACUUUGAAUCCUCUAAUUUUUCAUUUGUCGGUGGUUUUUCCUUUUAGUGUUAACAAACAUUUAUUGAAUGAGACCAGCUGUUUGAUUAUGUAGAGAUCUUUGACUGGACUGUGAAAUGCUAAUUUUCCAUUAAGCUGUCUUUUUUUCUUUUUGCUGCCAAACCCUUUCAAUGAGGCUCGAGAACAUUUGCUCAGACUUCUUUGAUGUUUCAAAGAAAACAGUGCUGUGAAAAGUCUGGACUUUUUCCUCCCCUCCAAGGCUUAUCCAUUUUCUUUCCUACUAUCAGCAGCCUUUGCUUGUAGACAAAUUUGCCCGUGAUGUGAGGAGAUCAAAACAAACAAAUUUAUUUUCUGUUCGCAGGGUCUUUGGCAGCACAGCCUCCCAAAGUUGCUGCCUCCGUCCCAUCUGCCCCAGCCACAUUCUCAAACCUCGGCCUGACUCCAGCAGCUGUUUCCACUCCUGCUCCUGCUGCCUCCUUCCCUGCCGCCCCAUUCAGCAUCGGUCCCAUGGCUUCCACAUCGGCAUCCUCGUCAGGCUUUUCUUUCUCGGUCCCAUCUUCAAACUCCUCCUCUGCACCGUCAGCCUUCUCCCAGGGGGGGUUUGGGUUUGGAUCCUCGAUAUUCCCUUUUGCCUCCAAACCUCCCUCCGAGACUCCUUCAGCAUCCUCUGCGUUUUCAUUCGCCUCCACUAUUAAGCCGUCAGCGGUGGCAGCUACCGCCCCAUCUCCUGCUCCUGCUCCAGCUCCCGCUCCUGUUCCCGCUCCUGUUCCUGCUCUGACUUCUGCUCCUCCUCCAGUUCCAGCUCCAACACCGCAGACUGUUGCUGCUCCCUCCCCUCCAACUGUGAAACUAAAUCUAAAUGGGAGGUAAGUCAUUAUUUUUACCUUACACCUUUUAUUUUUUUUUUAUCAUGUUGUCUUCACUUUUACUGGAUGUUGCAGCUGUUCAGAAUCGGAAACAUGGGAAGAUGCUUUAGCCACUGUCUAAAACCUGAGCCCUAACCUUUCAAAUCCAACGGAAACAGUUCCUGUACAUGAAUAAAAAAAGGAUUAUCUUCUUUUUUUAAGGUUUUCUGCACUGGAGGCCCCAGCAUCAGCCCCACAGUCGUUCUCCUUCAACUCUACGAUACCCAAGGCAAUCGUCUCCAGCAGUUUGACGGCACCUCCAGCCUCAGCCACCAAACCACCAGCUGUUCUGGGUAUAAAAGCCCUUCUCCUGUCCCUUCACUAUUGUACUCUAUUAAACAUGUGCAAUCCCAAAUGAUAAUCAUGAUUGUAACUUUGUUGUUGCAGCUCCAGUGCGACCCGUUCAAAGCAGCACGCCACCCACAGUCGUCCAGAAACCCGCUCCUGCCGUCCAGGGCCGCGUUCAAACUCCACAGGUUCUGUCUGUUGUUUAUGAAGAAUAUUUUAUUUGUUUGCAAAUUUAAUAAACCUCUUUAAAAAUGUAUUAAAAAGUAUGUCAAAGCACAUAUUCACCACAGGGACUCUCUGAAAGUACAAAGCCUUCAUAAUGUCUCGUCCCGUCCCCCUCAAGCGAUGAUUUGCUCUUGCCUGGUCAGAGAAAGGACUUGUUAAUACCUGCUGUUAGUCUUGCAACAGGCUGCCAGUAAAUGUCUUUGUGUUUAAAUGAGCACAUUUCCUUUCUAUUUUGAGUUAAGACAUAUUGCCUUUUGAGCCUGUGAUGAAUUGAGCGUUGCGGUUUUACAUGUUGAAAGUACUUUUGAAAGUAGAAAAAAAAACCUGUCUACAGGAAGUAGCUUUUGAAAGAUACUUGAAUGGGUGUCAAACACACACAUCACGCCACCCCUGUGUAAGUCAAUUGGGCCACCUCGGCCCUAACAGCUGGUCACACCCCUGCUCUGUCAUCUAAUGGCCAAUUUUGUUAGCGUGAAAAGUUUAAAGUUGUGAAAUACUGUCACAAAAUGAUUUAUGAAAUGGUACAAAGCGUUAAUUUUAGAGAGACAAGCAAGUACAGAUAAUGAUGAAGUAUUUACAUCAACAAUGAUCUGAAUAAAUAAAGGACUGACACAAUGUAACUGCUUUAGAACUCUAACUGCAGCUGUUGCCAUGAGCAACAGUGUUUCCACUGUUUAUGGCAGUUGGAAGUGAGAGCAGCUGCUUUCAAGAGGUGAAAAGUGUAAACUACAUGACGGAAAAUCUUUUGUCUCGUUUAAUAUUUUUCAGAUUUGUUCAAGGUUGUAUUUAUUGUGUCUUUUUUCUCACAAUCCGCAAUAGCAGUUGUGUUGAUGUAGCUACUUGACUUCCUCUCUCUGCAGGCAGCUGUUAGCAUGAAGGCCCUGGAGAAGCAGCUGCAGCAGAAGAAAGACUCUGAUCCUAUCAUGGCUGGUAUACUGGAGGAGGUGAGACAAAUUGAGUCAGGUGAACCUAGCACUGCUUUUAAUUGGUGAAUUUGUGAACAAGCUGGAUUCACAAUGGAAUAAAAACCAGCUUUAUGUAGAUCCACGUGUUAAAGACUGCAGAGUGCUUUUCCUCAUGAUAGACAUUUCUGUUGAAGUUUGAAAUGACUUUGAUUUUUUUUAUCACUUUUUAUCGUACAUGUAUGAGUGACACUGUUUCAGUGUUAGCAGUUUGUUUGUAAGCAUUAGGUAUAACAGGUUUAAGUGUGUUAUCUUUAAAAAUUAAAGGGAUAUUCCGGCGUAAAAGUAAGCUAGGGUCAAACACACCGUAACACCGAGUUAGACACCCCCGUCAAGAGAUGAAUGUUGCCGACCGCUUGCUUCUCUAGUUAUACCAACUUUAGUUACGACCACAUGAAAGCAAUACACAGCGGUCUGAGGAGCCACACACAAAACUCAACCAAAAAGCCACUCCUAUAGCCACAAAUAAUGCUCAGAACAGCACCUAACUUCAUCAACAGUACAUAUAGGGUCCCAGCCAUAGCACUAGCCACCACACAUCUUUUAAGCUUUGCCUAAAAUCUUAAGCAAAGAGACUAAACACAACUCACCUACUCUCUUCCAGCAGCCGCUUUGUUUGUAGCGAGACCUCGGGCCAGUCCAUUACAGACUACAGCGGGGUGACACAGCUCAAGGAAGAACAUUUAUGAUCAUUUCUUUAUCAUUUUCUUGAACUAAUUAUCACCAUAUUAGUCAUUUUGCACUGCAAAUGCGGUAGUUCUUCUGCCUUAGCGUCUCAGUUUGACUGCAUUUCCAUGAAGAAAUGAUUACAAAUAGAGUUAAAAAACCAGUGUGCAGCAUGAACAAAUUUAUCCAACAUUAAGUAAAGCAAGUUGCAUCACAUAAACUAUUUUCGAUGUAGAAAUAAGUUCUCUUCAAACAACCGCAGGCUUAGAUGAUACUGUUUGAAAAACAGCCCUGACUUUCUCACGAAGGGUCUGUUUUUAUUAGGAUGUUGGUCAGAUAGAGGCAAACUUGGAGAGCUAUAAAACACUGUUUAUUCUCCCAAAACAUCCUAAUAAUGUAGAGAUUAAUGCCAAUAAAAUCAUGCUAAGUGACCAAAUCAGAUUGCGGGUUAGGUUAGGCGAUGAUCUUUGCCUAAAUUCUGCCGUUGCGUAACAUGUUUUGGAUUUGUCAUCAGAUUGCACAUUUCCAGAAGGAGUUAGACGACCUCAAGGCACGAAGCACCAGAGCUGAAUUUAAAGUUGGCACCAAUGACGAGAUGAAGGCACUGAGGAAGGACUCUGAAGAUCUCCAUAUUUUCACCCUGGAGAUCAAGGAAACAACUGAGGUGAAACCACUGCUCAAAACUUGUUUAUACCUACCCUAAUCUAUGAAUAUUUCAGUAUUUGAAAUUUUCUGAAACAAAACUUAAGUCUGAGCUGAUCCAAAUUAUUUAAGUAACAUCUGUUGGUGAUUUAAUUCAGAAAUGUGUCUUUUUUUCUUGAAUGACGUCAGUUUUUAUCUUCUACCUUUGUCUGUUUAUGAUUUCAGUCCCUCCAUGGGGACAUUGGCACCCUGAAGACCACCUUACUGGAGGGCUUUGCCGGGGCAGAAGAAGCCAAAGCUCAAAGUGAGCUGAGCAGAGACAAAAAUUACAGACAGCUGCUGUACAAAAAACCUCUGGACCCACGCAGUGAAGAACAGCUGAAGGUGAACAGCAGGCGGAUGACUCAAACAAUAUUUGCAUGAAUAGAUUCUUCUGGGAACCUACUUAAUCACAGGAUUUGCUUCAUUUAUUUUGUUUUUUUCCCCCACUUUUUCCAGGAGAUUCGCAGAUUGUACCAGUAUGUUACGUUUGCUGUUGAAGAUGUCAAUGAUGUGUUGGAUGUGGAAUGGGAGAAACACCUGGAGAGGAAGAAAAAGCAGAAGUAAGCACAACUCUAUAAGAAUGUGACACUGAAAAGGUUUUGGUUUAUGCAUCAUUUGGUAUAAAAUUGUCCUCUUUUGUUUUUAUUUUUAUUUUAUUUUACAGACACAUGGUUGUGCCAGGUCGUGAGGGUCUGUUCACCACGCUGGCUAACAACCUGUACAUUAUCAAUCAGCAGAAGAACAGACUGGAGCAGCUGAUUAAGGAACUCACUGCUCUGCGCCUCUAUAACAAGACUGCCACUCCGACUAUAGACCGCAGCACUGCCACUGCAGGAACAGCCGGGUGAGAGCUGGGGCCAGUCACACCCCUGAAGUAGUCUAUGCUUUAAAUGAGCUGAAUCUAAAACCGCUCUGAAUACUUGUUAAUGAAUAACUGCGAUGUAUUUGCUGUUUUUAGCAAGUUUGCAAUGCUGGAUCACAGCUUAAGACAUCUUUUGAGAAAGCACUAACUUCUAUCACUAUAACAGUCUGUAACAGAUAGCAGCAUGUCUUUAUUUAAUUGCUAUUAUUUGCUUCCGUACACUAAAACAUCUAAUAUUGCUUUUAACCUGGCCUUCAUUGUGUUCUAUGACAGCAUGGAAAGUGAGAUCGAGAGUUUGAGGGAUGCCCUCCUUAAAGCCAAGCUGGACACCGCCUCUCCUAAAACCCCAUCCAAAUCUCCAGGUACCCGCCUGUUUUUACCUCUAAUAUAAAUAACAAUAAAGAGUCUCUGGUCUGUGAAAUAUGACACAAACUAACUGUUAAUCUUUAUCCCAGCUGUGAAGAUGUCACCGGUGAAACAGUCUCAGCUGCGUAACUUCCUCUCAAAGGGUCAGAUGCCUCCUGUCCGCUCGACUGCACCAGGUACACGAAUCCUGAUCGAACAACUUUAAUGACACUGAUAUCAGGAAGAGAGACCAUUUCUUUUUUUUAAGUAUGACAUUAUAUGGGUGCAAAGGAGUGAUCAAAUCUACCUCUGCCUACUCAACCUAAUUUUCAUGAUGGUAGAGAGGAGAAAAAGUCGGAAACAAAAGAGAUUCUUUCCUUGUUUUGACUGCUUUGUCUGACACUUCUUUUACUGGAUUUUGCAAACUCUGUUUUUCCAGUAAUGACAGCGAGUUAGCUCUUAUCAUGCAGAUUGAUGUGGGGGCGUACUUUUUUUUAAGCUUCAACUUUAAAAAAAAAAAACGGGAUAUAAAAUCAUGAUUGACAGCUCUGGUGUUCUUUACUGGAUUAGCAAAGUCGGAAAGGAACAGCGAGAGAAAAUACAACUAACCCAGUAGUCGUUAAACUAUGCUUCGUCGACAUGCAUCCUCGCUUGAAACAACCACAAAUGCAUGUUUCCUCUCUGGAUUGCACCGUCCUGAUUGCAAACUAAAGUUCUGGAUAGCAGGCGGGGUGUGAUGUCAGUCCUGUGGGUCCACCAGCCCAGAUUGCUUCUGUGCACACUGAUUGAAUUUUGACCUCAAAUCUCACGAUGGAAGGAGCACAGAGGCGCCGUAUUGAUUAGCAGUCAGUGGUUUAAACAGAUAGAUAUUGGAUAGAUCAUUCAGUUUAGUAGGGUGUUAAACGUGAGCAGAUUAUCUGUGUGUAAAGACAUUAAACUGUUUAAUCACUGAAGCUCUCAGGUGCAUUUAAAAACUGACUCUUCAUAAUUCAUAAGAAUGCAUUACUUCAAUAUACUGUCAAACUAAUCGUACUUGACUGAUUGGCCAAAUGUGAAAUCUAUCACAUUUCCGUUAAUGUGCAUCCCUUCGUUAAUUUUCACAUAUUUCUCCACUUUUCUCCUCUCUUUUAGCUAACUUGUCUCGCUCAGCCUUCCUGUCUCCUAAAUACUACGAAGACCUUGACGACGUGAGCUCUACAUCCUCCCUGUCCCAGUCCCUGGAGCCGCAUCCAGCUCACCUGGAGCUGGAGGAGGAAGAGGAGCUACAGUCAGAGCCAUUUCCCCUGCCCGUUCUCCCGCCGGCAUUGGCCACACCCCGCCACCCCACAGUUGUGAGGACCCCUUCUAUCCAGCCAGGCUUUGGCGCCAUCCAGUCCACCCCUUUAACCAAACUUCACUCUGUGCCGGGUAUGGGGUUCGGACUCAGCCCCAUCGCAAGUCCUGGUGAGGAAAACCUACGCUCGAAUAGUUUGUUUAAGAUGCUUUUUUAAUUUCAAAUCCAACACGAACUGCAGCUUCUCAACUAUCAGUGAUGCUUUGCUUCACAUGUGUUUUCACUGAUUUGAUAUUACAGUUCCAUCCAAUAAGAUCAACCUCAGUGGGGCUGACAGCACCGCCCUCGCCACAAAGACGGUGAAACAUGGAGCCCCACCAACUGAAAGGAACAUCCCCGUCACCAUCCCCGCCCAGCAGGCAGCUGCUACAGCUGCACUACGCAGGCAGAUGGCCAAUCAGAAGCCAGGUAGGAGCUCUGCUAUUGAAUGUGGAUGUUUGUUUUUUUUAAACGAGAAGCUGUUGUGAAUAGUCAGGGGUAGCAUUCUGUGUAUAAGAGGCCUUUUGUUUGAUAUUGUGCUGCUACACCAACUUUAUUCAGCAGGGGGAGACACAGACCUCCAGACUGAGGGAUGUAAGCCUAUGUGACCCAGCUUAAACUUAAAGCUCACUCAUUUAUCUAAUGUAUUAUUAAAACCAGGCUUGAGCCACCAUGACAACACUGUGCUCAUUUUACUACACCUGGCUGCUCUUCAUAUGUUUUCAAAAUAAACAGUCUCUAAGUAUGCGCCUUUCACUUUCACUUUUGUUUACUUAUAUAAGUUGUUGUGUGCUUUCCAGCGAUCAUCAGCACUUCUCUGACAGAGUCCACUUUGAAGACCGUUCCUCAGGUUGUCAACGUGCAGGAACUGAAGGACAAGGGGCCUCCUGUGGUUUCUAACAUCAUCGGGUAAAAAUCAAACCUUUUUGUAGUUAUGUCAUUAAAAUUCUUUAAGUAUGAGUCGACAGCGAUCGUAGUCUUGAUAUAUUUAGUCAGUAUAGAGACAGACUGUUUUAAGUGAGGAGCUUUUAGGUGGUUUAGCCUACAAUACUUGAGUAUACUUUAUACUGAGCCACUUGUUUGUGAUUAUGUGUCUUUAGGUGACUGUCAAAGGGUCCCAUCAGCAGGCUACGAUCAUUGCAGAAUAGUUUUAACAGUAGUCAAACAUGAAUGCAUCAUAUAAUACUGUAUAAUUCACAAAACUUUAAAUAAGUACAAAAUUAGAAUUUCCAUUGUCUUUGGAAAUAAAGUAUUUAGUCGAUCAUGUGCCCCUCUUUACCAGAAGAACUUUAUUGCUCUCCGAAGGGAAAUUCAAAGUAAAGUUAACAACUUAAAAUGGGUUGAAAAAUUAUGAGAUAACAGACAUUGUACUUCCUAGAUGGCUGGACCAUAUAAGAAGAUAGCAUGACAGGCCAUUAAACCCAGAUGUAAAAGAUGUAGGGCUCCCCCUGCUGGCUGGCUGCAGUAUAAGCCAUUAUCCUCUCCUCCAUGGUAACAAAUUUGACCUGAGAGGAACUUAAAACUCAAAAUAAACAUCAAAUAUAUUUCUCUAAGACAUAAUUUCUGUCGUAAACUUGUUUGUUUUCUAGAAGUUUAGUUUUUAUCAAUUCAUUUUUGAUAAAAAUAGAGUUUGAUGCCAUGAUUGACAGUCCUGACAAGCACAGCCUUUUAGCAGAAACGGGGAGGAACAGGGAGAGAAAUCACAGCAAACACUGUUUGCAGACUUCGAUAUUUCAGCUUUUGCUAAUCUGUAGCUCAAAUGUGUAAGAUGUCAUCGCCCAUCAUGAGAGGGAUUUUCCUUCAUUUUACUGUAAAUCGAUUAUGAUUCAGUGAUGUUUUACUUCAGUAGGCACUGGCGGCAUCAAGGAAGUGGUUUUGAUUUGCAUACAGGAGUACACCUCUGUAUUAGCGCCUCAUUUUGCAGAAAAACGAAACAAUCCCACCUUGUUUUCAGUCUGUGGGCACUAAGUAAUACGUUGCAGAUGUUUAUGUCUGAUUCACUGCAGAAAAAAGUGCUUUGGGGAUUUUAUAAAAUGACUUCAAAGUGUAAAAGUCAGAAAAUCACCUCGCUGGUUUUCAUCCAUUUCACUUUGAGCCCUUUGGUCACAUUUUAAUUGACUUGGCAAAUUAAGCUAAUUAGGAUUUUGUAAUUUCCCCAAUUCAUUAUUCUUUUCGUGUGUAAUCAAGCACUUCUUCAUGUUCAUACACAUCCUUUCUAUGUUUUCACUCGUUAAUAUUCAGCAGGUUAUAUAAUAUUUAUGACGUGAAAUCAUGCCUGCAUUCACUUAGAUCUCUUUCGGAUACAGAGAGUAGACAGUCUGUCACUGCGACUCCUCGAGGGCUCCCAUGUUUGUUUUGAGAGUGUAUCCUCAGUAAAGUUUUAUCAGGUCACUGAAUACCCGUAAUCCUAGUCAGCGUACAUGACAAAAAGCGACUGGCGGUCCUCUGUUUGCAUCCCAGCUUUCCCCCCCUCAAGCCUGGUGUCUUUCACUGUUUUUUUUUUUUUUAGUGUCACAUUUUAAAGUCCAGAAUGUGUCCUUGGAUUGACGUGGAUUAUACUACAAAUAUGUUGUGAUUUUACAUCCAGUUUUCUGGAGACUGGAGCAAUGAUAAAACUGUUAUUUUUAUUUCUCAUUUCUAUAAUAUUAGCUGUUAGUUUUUUACUCCACAUGCUGCAUGUUUUGCCACAUCCCGUCUCAUGCAUCUUUGUGUUUUUACUUCACUGGGCUGUGCUCCACUUUUGUGCUUGGUAUUUGAACAGACCAGCCCUCCUUGGGGCUUUUCCCAAACAAAACCUUUCUUUCAAUAACAAACAAGCAAAGAAAAGCAUUGUGAGAGAGUUAAGAUGAUUAUGAAAGUGAGCUUUUCAAUAAGGGCGCUCUAAAACCUCCAUCAAACAAAAAACGCUUCACGCAUUUCUACAACCGAUUUCCAGCUUUAUACGAAGAACUAGUACAAAUAUUUCACAAUAACAACACAAAACUAACAUUUUUUUAUGUUGCUGUCAGGAUUAUAUUAUUGCAUCAAACUGCAAAUCAAAAUUCUAUGUUCUGGCAGAGAGGUGAUAAUUUUAUAUCCAUCCCUAUGUGAAAAUUGUAGGUUUAUCACUCUGUUUAUUAAAAACUUUUUGCUUAAAUGUUAAGAAAGUUUUAAAAAGCACUUAUCCCACUUACUUCUCUGUUAUUUUCACCAGCUCAUCUAUACCAGACGGAGCUGCUCAAGUCUUUGCAGCAGUUUCCAACCAGGCAAAACGAGUGAGUACAAAAGCCACCGAUCGAGCUGACAUUCAGCUUUUUGUGUUUCAUUCACCCAAACAGCUGUAGCGCUUUGUCGGAUGCCGGGUCUUGACAGGGUGAGCGGUGGAUCAUGGCAAAGUCAAACAACAGGAUUUGAGCAAAAUUUUAGCCCGAUCUGACAGUCACCGGGUGUCGAGGAACUUAAUAAUGCUGGCUGGUCAAGCAUGAAACAAAAACGGGAGUAUUAAUGUACCUGUAAUAAGGGAACUCUCUCUAGUAAUUUUAAGUCAGAGCUGCGCGUUACUUGAUUAUAUAUUUUAUUCCCUUUAUUGUCAAGAUCAAGCAAACUCGGUGUUUUAGCGCCCCACUCCUUAUCACUUCAAAGAACAUCGGACUUGUCAAAACUCACAGAUUGCUGACAGUUUUUAUGAAAAGACCCGCCAUCAACUGCACGGGUGAGAAAUGUUGCAGCUUCCUCCCAUGUUGAUGCUACAAGUCACAGUGGGGCGAAAGGGGAACUCCUCGCACGAAUCUUCAGCACUUCAGCUGAAACAGGAAUAACCCAAACAUGUCAGUGUUUGGAGGUGUGCAAAAACAUGCACGCUGAGCCGUCGCUCACUGUUCACAAGAAUGUGUUUUAUGUUGUUGAACUCGUUGACAUUACAGCACAUUACAUGUACAGCACACACUGAAGGAUGUCUUUUUUUUCUGAAAUCAAAGACUCAUAUGAUAAAAGUUUUAAAGCCAGUCUCUUUGCAGAACUCUGCCCAGGGCAUUCAGAAGAUCUUGUCUGAGAGUGUGACCGCUCCACAGUCAGGCUUUGUGUUUGGUAAGCACAGAUCAUUUCAGAACAUGCAUGUCGAAAAACAUCUGAUUUUUGCUUCGUGAUCUUUUCUUUUCCACAGUAAAACUAUAUAUUUGCAAUCACUACACUGCUGAGAAUUGUGUGUUUUUAGGAGAUUUCCAUUCCCUGUUGCUAACAUUUAAAUAUUUCAGCAUCCUUUUUGCACCCGCUAGUUUCUUUUCUUCACAUUUUUUAGUAUUUUGCUUAUAUCGCCAAGUACCGUUCAUUUUCUCUAAAAUUCUUAUGACUUGAUUUAAUCCUUUAUGUUGAUUUUGACCGAAUUUGUGUCCCUCAGGUCAAACACCCAAACCUGACGCGUCUGUAGCUCAAGCCAGCUCGACAGAGCAGAGCACCAGCAAAGGCUUCUCCUUUACAUCAGGGUGAGUCAAAGAAGUUUUUUUGAACUUAGAGUUGCAAACUGCAUGUGAAAGCUUGCUUGUGGGUAAUUUAUAAAUUUGUCUGAUUUAUAAAUUUCCUUUUUCCUGAUGAUACCACACAUAUUAUUGUAUAAAUUAACAAAGAGUAAAUAUUCUGUCCCUCUUGUUUCUUUUUUGGCUCAAAUUUUCUCUUGUAGAGCUUCAGGCUUUAGUUUUCCCACGGUUUCCCAAGGAGCAGGGAUGUCACAAGGUAAAAAAAAACAGGAUUAUGUUGUCAGAUGAUUCUAGAUGGACGCCACGACAUACAUCUUUCUUAUUAUUUGAUUUUUUUUAUCAUUGUGUCUUUGCAGCAAAGGAUGUAAACAAAUUCUCUUUCGGUGGAAACGGCAAGAUCGUGUUUGGCCAGCCAGGAGAGGAGCCGUUCUCCCUCACCCCAAAGUCCACCUCCCCUGCCCUCGGCACUGCUUCACCCACCCCGCCUCCAAAUGUGCAAGUAGAGAAACCCACCCCUGCCACAUCUGCCCUCAGGGUGGAUCCACAGCCCCCCAAAACAGCUGGGGGAGAGACUCUAGGCAGUUUUUCUGGACUGCGUGUUGGCCAGGGAGAAGAAGCUAAAGAUGCAUCCACCAAAACUCCCGCUGCUCCUUUUGCAUUCGGGGAAACUGGACUUGGUGCAGCGAUGGGAGCGGCACAGUUCAGCUUUGGCGCAGGUCUUCAAAAGUCUGCAGAAGAUUCCACAGGAGUAGAUUUGUCCAAGGGGGCAACGUCAGGCAGUUUGUUCAAGCCUCCUGAAUCCGCCUCAAAGCCAGCUUUCUCCGUUCCUCAGUCUAGCUCAGGAGCCUCCGGUUUGCCUACAUCCUUCAGUAGUCUUCUUGCUGCUUCUCCAGACUCCACAGAGCAACCAAAAGCCUCACCACCACCACCUCCAGAGCCCACACCUCCCCCUGAAAAAGAACCUGACCCUGAACCAGCUGUCGAGCCUGCAAGUUCCCCAGUUAUACCCGAAACUGCAGCUGAUUCAACCACCACAGAAACCGCAGCAGCGACAGUUACAGCACCAUCACCUGCACCAGCUGCACCCACCCCAGAACCUCCCUCUUCUAUCACCCCACCCGCCGAAGAAGCCCCUCCACCACAAGCCAGUGCAGCCCCUGCAGAGGAAACCCCUGCAGACACCACCACCACUGCCGCCACCACUACUUCUGCUCCUGCUCCCAGUUCAGAUGCUGCCCCGGCUGUCUCCCAGGCAGCUCCAGCAGCGCUCCAAGCUCCCAGUUCUGAGAAACCGGGCUCCAUUUUCACCCAGCCUGCAACUGCGACAACAGACAGCAGCACCGUUGAAGCUGUUCCAGUCAUCAGUACAGUCGCCCCUGCUGCUGCCACCUCUCCAACCGCUACAGUAGUCAGCAGCACAACAACUACCACUACUGCCUCUGUUUUUGGGCAACCGGCUGCAACUGCUGCACCUGCAACUGCUGCACCUGCAACUGCUGCACCUCCAGCUACCUCCGCGCCUGCAGCACCGACAGCACCGACAGCAACAGGAUUUAGCUCAACUGGUUUCGGCUCAGCAGCCGGAACCGGAUUUGGCAAAUCUGUUUUCGGCCAAGUGAGCGGCUUCGGCCAGGCCGCCGGCAACACGGGAACAGCCAGCGGCUUUUCUUUUGGCCAAUCAGCGUUUGGAGCGACUUCUAACACGGCGACAACCGGAGGGGGUCUUUUUGGAGCCGCCACAGCGAGUAACGCCAGCUCUUUCACCUUUGGAACGAGCAGCGCUAACACAGCCAGCAGCACAGGCUCUGGGCUGUUUGGACAAAGCACAGCUCCAGCCUUUGGACAGAGCUCUGGAUUUGGGCAGGGGUCUGUGUUUGGGAGCAACACAACCACAUCCUCAUCUUCAGGGUUUAGCUUUGGACAGCCCUCAGGUGAGAAGGAUUCUGACGUUGAUUUCCUGCUGUUAACUGGUGAAGAAUGAAUGUGUAGCUGACAGAUCUACUGCUUUUCAACCCAAGUAUAAGCUUUUCCCCCAUAAAUAACAUGAAAAAACUGAUUUAUUAUUCGGGGAUAGGCAGUUAUAUUUCACAGUUCCUUAAAACAGCGCCACCUAUCUGUGAAGUAAGUUUUCCCUGACGACUGAGUCCAUCCUGACACUGAAAUGUUCAGGAAUCUUUUUGACUAUUUUCAGAUGAUAAAAUGACAACUGAAGGCUUGUUUUUACAGAAACGACACAGAAAAUUUUCAGUCGACCUCACUUUAUUAUCAGUUGAAGUGGUGUAGAUAUCUUUUUUUAAUUAAAACUAAAUGAUUACCAUAUUUUCUGGACUAUAAGUCGUGCUUUUUUCGUAGUUUGGUUGGGUUUGCAACUUUUACUCAGGUGCGACUUAUAGUAUAUAUUAAAAUAUAUAAUUUCACGUUUGUUUUUUUUCACACUGACAGCUGCUAGAGGGCACUCUAGAUGUUCAGAAGUGACACAGAGGAUGAGGAAUUGGAUGGAUGUAGUGAUUUGGAGUGAGAUCGAGAGUUUGGUAUCUGAAAUACUGUCGAUAUGUUACACUAACAUACCAGACACCUAUUGAGUUCGUUGUUUAUGCUUCAUGUCGCUGAAUAACCAUCAACAUGCUAUGUUUGCAUACCCUACACCUAUUCAGCCUGUUCUCUAUUCUAUUUUUAUUAUCAUAACUUGCCUUUCAAGAUGAAAUGUCUGUUCUUGGUCUUGGAAUUUGUAGAAUAACCCCCCCACCACCACCACCACCAAAUACGACUUAUAUCGGUAUAUGUUAUUCUACUUCAUUAUGCUUUUUUCGGCUGGUGCAACUUAUAGUCCGUAAAAUACGGUAUGUACUGUGACUCUCCAUUUAGGCUUACAACCCCUGAACUACAGUGUAAACUACUAUCUGUAAAGGCAGCGGGCAGUAAAAGAAGGUCUGAGUGUUCACAUGGGUCCAUGGUAGUUGAAUGUGACACUUCUGGCCGUUGUCUUCAGUGUACUUCCAGCCUGGUUAGGUGGAGGUGUGGCAGCAUGAAUAAGAAGGGUGGCAUGAGGAGAGAGGGGAGUUGCCCCCAUUCCCAAAGAUUCCCUAGAUUCCCAAAGACGUAGGGGAAUGUCAGUGUCUCAGAGGACAGCAGAUGCCGAUGUAUCAGCCGUUCAGCACAGCUUUACACACCUGUCUGCAGACUCUCAGGAGGCUAGAGUUUCAGAGGCUGUCUUAUUCUGUUUGAGAUGAGAAAAGAUUUCUUUUUUUUUAUCAUUUGUUACUAAAUUUAUCUUUCCUUCUUGGUACAGCUUUUGGCUGCUCCUCCUCCGCACCUGUGUUUGGCUCACAACAAAGCAGCGGAAGUGUUUUUGGACAGGUAUGAACCACUGACUUUUUUUUGAUGUAGCUACCUGUGAACAUUACCGUCUUUUAAUUAUUUUUUGCUCUUCUUAUAACUCAGCAGCAGUCAUCUUCUGGUGGAGGCUUGUUUGGUUCAAGCUCAGCAAAUACACCAGGCUCAGCUGGUGUUGGAGGGUUCUUUGGAGGCCUGGGAGGCAAACCAAGUGAAGAAGCUGCCAACAAGAACCCAUUUGGCACCACCUCAGCCCCUGGGGGUUUUGGACAGGCAACUCAGACAGGUAUUACACUGAUUUAUACAUAGUCUAUUGAGUGUUUAAAAUUCAGGAAGCUGCACCAAAAACCCCCAUUGGGACGUGGAUUUAUUAACACACUUCUCCUCCAGGUGCCACCAGUCUGUUUGGGAAUAGCGGUGCAAAGACCUUUGGAUUUGGACAGUCCUCCUUUGGUGAGCAGAAACCCAGCGGGACCUUCAGCACAGGUGCAGGGAGUGUUGCGUCACAGGGAUUCGGCUCCUUUUCUUCUCCAGCAAAACCAGGUACAGCUCAACUCUAAUUAUUUUUAAACUAUACAGCGCAUUAAAAGACACUCAACUUUGUUGCAUGGCAACAGCGAAAGAGGCUUCGAGAAUGCUCAGGGGCCUUAAAGGGACAGUGGCUUCAAGGAAGCAUGCCAGACUAAAGGUCCUUUCACACCGGGACAGUUUUUGUCGUGCGAUUAUUUCGGACGUCAACAUUUUUUUUUGAACCCGUAUCCUAUACAAGCUAUCAAUACAAGCGUUCACAUCAGGGCUGUUUUCCCGUCCUGCAAUAUAGCGGCAUUUAUUUUUUCAGAUUAUGGUCGAUUUUUCUAAAGUUUUGCAUACUGUGUGUCCACUUCUAACCAAUCAGAGUGCGUGUGGUUGUGACGUCGGAUUCACCGAUACGUCCAACAUGGCCGACCGGCUAAUUGUUUAUGAUCAUAUACACACACUUUACAAAGAUAGCGACCUGAAGGACAACUUGUGGAGAGUCAUAGCAUCAGAUUUCUGAUAUGAUGAUGGUUUGUGUGCUUUAACAGGUCUUUGUUUUAACUUUCAUCUGUGCUAACGUAAGCUAACGGUUGUAACCAUAGUUUCAUGUGCUUAUCUGGUAUUGGACCCAACUCAGUACAUGGUUCUGAAUAGGUUCUGAAGCAACCGUGGUACAGUUUCAGCUCCUGAACCAAGCAGUGAAACUCACCAAGUUUUUUUUUUUUUUUUGUAAUAUUGGAUGCACCCAUGUGCUACGUUUCUUUUUCUUUUGAGAAAGCAAAAGAAGUACCAAUUCGCCAUCACUUGAAGUUGAAGUAGACUCCAUUUUUGUCUUCUCGCUUUCACCCAGUACGCUGUAGGAUGGUAAGGGAAGGUCCCGCCCUCCUUCUCCUCUGAUUGGCUAUAAGUGCUGACCGUUUGGCUUGAGCGUGUGAUGACGUUUCCAGCUUUUCUAGCCAAUCAGAGGCAAAGGAGGGGGGACUUUCCCCAGGGAUGCGUCUUUUUCCCCCCGGAAAGUCGCAAAAUUCGCCUCCGAAUAUUUCAUAAUUUCGCAUUCUAUAUUUGCAUUGGCCCCAGUGUGUAAGGACCUUAAGGCUGAGUUCGAGCUGAGUACAUCGGAAGUCAGAUGUUAGAGCCAAAAACAAGAUGGCUACACCUACGAAACUUAUUUGAGCGCUUGUUAUUUUAGUUACUUUAAGUUAUUUUUAGCAUCCCCUUUCGUAGAUGUAGCCAUCUUGUUUCCGCCUCUGAUUUUGCUUUUUUUCCAAUUUGGUAUCUGAAGCGCUGGUAACUCGGGUGUGACGUCAUUCCCAGCUCUGACAUCUGACUUCCGAGGUAACUUGAACGCAGCAUAAGUUCCUUAAAAUGAUUUCAACCUCCGUAAAAAGUGAUGCUUGUUUGUUUGUACUCGGCUUUUCAAAUUUGAUAAGAAAACGCAUGCUGUAGACAUUUUCCAGACCACACUUGUUUCCGUUUGUUGUCAGUACAUCCACAGGGUAUGAAUAUUUUUCAUUAGAAGUGAGCCUAACAAAUGUAAAUACAGCAGUUACGAGGUGCAUACAGAUUUCCACGCUUGUAUUAGCCGUGUAUGAUAUUCUCCCGCUCAAAGGCUUUGCUGUGGUAAUGUGUGAGGCCCCGCCGUGGAAACCCCGCUCACCUUUACAUAAUCCCAUUUUACACAGCAGGCGACUCUUGACAUUCCUUUCUCCCUUAUCGUCUCGGCUACAGCCAGUGCCCUUAUCUCGUCAGCUCAGCGGAGGAGAGGGUGAUGUAGUCAUGCUCCAGUAUUACCUGCCCCAAUACUGCUGAUGUAAUGUUACCUCUGAGCACCGAUAAGUCACAGUGCGAUGAGACGAAAAUGUGAUGUAUCUAUUACACUGUCAGAUGCCCAUAGUCAUGAAUAAUUGCAAGUCAAUAGAGCUGCAGUGCUAUUGAAAAAAAAGCACAAUUUUGAUGUGUUUGGCACUGUUUGUGUUUUAUACAUUAUAUUUUAAAUAGUGAUGGUUUUAAACUAUCUACAUCCCAUCUGUCCCCUUAUCUUUAUCCUACCAUGCAGUCUUAGGUAUGGUUAGCAAAUGCUUCAAUUCAGAUUUUUGUAGCUGUUAAGAGCUUUGGAACAUCGCAAAGUGAAAGUACAGAACAUUAUACUGUACCUCUGCAUUAGUUUUGCUAUGCUUUGUGAACAGGAGAUAAUGUUUGUCUGAUAAACAACAUCCAAGAGUCUGAGUUUGGAGGAAUGAAGUUUGAGUUAUCGUCCUAAUGCUUUAAAACUGCUUUUCUUUAUGUGGAAAUUGAGUUUGUUGUAUUUAAGAUGAAAACUGAGUAUCUUCUGCUUUGUUUUGAUUUAUUAAGGGCCUGUUUCCACUUACAGUGUUUUUGUACUAAACAAAAUAAAUGUAUUUCAGCAUUUUCAGCUCAGCACCCUGCUCUUUGUCACAGCGCUCUCGGUAGAAAGUUGUGUUUUGUUUUGUUUUUAUACUGCUCUUUUCAUCAUGGCCACUUUCCUCCCAAGCUGACCAAUCAAAAUCAAGAAUGGGCAGGGCUUCUCAUAUCAGCAGUUGAAGGGAGUAAACUAACUGUGAUGGUUUGAAAGAAAAUGGUUUGUUUUUCCUUUCUCUUGAUGAAAUAUCCAGAAAUAAAGAGAAACUGAAGCAGCAACAGACAGCACUGGAGUGAAGUACUCCAAAACCCCCAAAAAUGCUAUUAGUGGUCACAGGCCCUUAUUUCUUUUUUAUCAUUUUUUGAUGAUCUUUGUUAUGUGUGUUUCUAGUAGUCACCGCAGCAGUCAUCCAAACCAUCCCCUCGUCCCACUGCCCUAUCACUGGCCCACACACACACAGGCAGUGUAAUCUUGUUACAUUAGCUGGAUCAAUUAUUUAUUGGGGCAUGCUGGUAGCCAGGCUGUAAUUUCAGUCCAGCCUCUCUCUCCCCUGCCUCUGGUACCGCUGGGGCCUUUGAGUUGGUGUGAAGUAUUCAUCCCUUCAUUGUGCUGCCAGUGGGUUGUUCAAAAACAAUAACUUACUUGUGCACAACAAGACACAAAGACAGUUACUAUUGACUGUAUUUAAAAAAAAAAAAGUAUAAAAACAAGGAGGUACAAGGUUUAACAAUCUGCAAACUUGACGAUCACAUUUAUGACACAGCUUACAAAGAAAUCCACUAUUGUAGUGUUUGAGUCAUGUUUUCUUUUCUUUCUUUUCUUUUCUUUGUUUUAGCCCACAGUGUUAUCCUUCAAAAAAGAAUUUUUAUCUGGUCAAAAAACAGACUGAGAUCGAUAUUGUCUAUUUACGAAUGUCAAAAGCAAACACAACCGUCAACUACAAGGUUGAUGAUUCCUGAAUAGUAAUUUUUAAAGCUUGUAGCUACUGCAGAGCACCUGUCAGAUGAAGUGAGUUGACUUCAAAAAGGAAGUCUGACAGCUCCCUAACAGCUUGAUUUUAAUUUUGGCGUUCUUGUCAACAGACUUUACCAUAAAUACAGCUGGUACGAGUGGCUCGUCUCGCGACGAUAUUGAGAAGAUAUGAAGCUUGACCAUUUUUUCUGUGAGCUGCAUGUGGAUGUUGGCCAAAAAAAGACAGAAAAAUGAUAAGAUUAAAGGCUUUACUGGCUUUGUAUCCGUUAAAUUUACCAAAAAAAUCUUGGAAAAGUUUGAUAUUUCUUCCAUCAGUUAUUUGAGAAAUUGAGAAUAUGGCAUAUAUUCUGGUCAUGUUACAUGUCAAUUAAAAUGUUUCAAGUGUUUUUUAUUUGAAACAUGCAAAUACAUGAUUUUACAGGUCAAGUAACAUCAGCUUCUGCAGGAUAAAGUCCAGCGCUAUCCAGUAAUUGUUCUAAUGCUUUCCACACUAUUUAAGAAGCCCCUCUUUUUCCCUCUCUACAGGUGGUUUUGGCAGCGCUCCAGUGUUCGGGAGCCCCCCUGCAUUCGGCAGCCCCCCUGCAUUCGGCAGUACGGCAUCAUUCGGUGCGAACCCUUCUUUCAGCGGUAACAUCGGCCCCUCUGCCGGCAAAGUCUUUGGGGAGGGAACAGCCGCAGCCAACAUGGGCGGAUUUGGGUAAGAAACUCAGUUAGUUCCACUAAGUCGUUUAUUUUUGUGCGUUGCAUUGUUGCAACCACUGAACACAGAGAGACAGUCAGUGUCACCAGCCUUUUCAUGCGCACACAGGAGGCAGUGGAGCAGCAGGAUUUUGCCCGAAGCCUGGUGGAGAGUGUUUUAUUUUUUCCCCAAUCAGAACAUCUGUGUUUUCUCUGACUGGCUGCACACUCACACAAGCAUGGCAGCUACUGAAGGGAAGCAUGGACAAUCAUUGUAAAACACCCUGGUAGCAUUACAGAGAUGACAACAUAAAGAUGAAGCAAAUAGAGUUUAUGAAGCGGAGCUAGCUCAUACCUUGUCUAUAUACUUACAAAGGCUGUUUUUGCACAGUUUCAAACCGUAGAGAAAAUUAAUUGAAAAAAUAAGUAUAUUAAGGUCUCGUUGCUGGAUGAGAACUCUUCACACCCCCCAGCGACCAUCCUUAUCUCAUUCUUAAUGUACAGGGUUAUUUGUAGGGGUGGGAGAAAAAGUCGAUACAGCAUCGUAUGACGAUAUUUUGUCUGGUGAUUUAUCGUAUCACCUCAUUUAUCAAGUAUUGAUUUUUUUCAGAUUAAUUGUUAAUAUGAAUUCAAAUCUAUGAUAAUGGAAAAAUAAAUUCAACAGUUUGUCCAGUGAGGUUGGCAGAGGUGACAUCAUAGAGCAGGAAAAAGUUAGUGCAACAAAUAUAUAUAAGGCUUGCAACAUGUGCUACAUGACAAUAAAAUACAGUGAAAUAAGACAAACGUAAAGGAAAGACAAAUGCUAAAUUAGCUAAACAGUUUUAAGAAAUUGUAUGAAUUGCAGUAUAUUGUAUCGCAAUACUUACUGUAUUGUGAAAUGUUUAAAGUCAUGAUAAUAUUGUAUCAUGGCUCAAGCAUCAUAAUAAUAUUGUAUCAUGGCUCAAGUAUCAUGAUAAUAUCGUAUCAUGGCUCAAGUAUCGUGAUAAUAUUGUAUCAUGGCUCAAGUAUCGUAAUAAUAUUGUAUCAUGGCUCAAGUAUCAUGAUAAUAUCAUAUCAUGGCUCAAGUAUCGUGAUAAUAUCGUAUCAUGGCUCAAGCAUCCUGAUAAUAUUGUAUCACGGCUCAAGUAUUGUAAUAAUAUUGUAUCAUGGCUCAAGUAUCAUGAUAAUAUUGUAUCAUGGCUCAAGUAUCAUGAUAAUAUCAUAUCAUGGCUCAGGUGUCAUGAUAAUAUCAUAUCAUGGCUGAAGUGUCAUGAUAAUAUCAUAUCAUGGCUCAAGUAUCAGGAUAAUAUCAUAUCAUGGCUCAAGUAUCGGGAUAAUAUUGUAUCAUAGCUCAAGUAUUGUGAUAUUAUCAUAUCAUGGCUGAAGUAUCGUGAUAAUAUCGUAUCAUUGCUCAAGUAUCGGGAUAAUAUUGUAUCAUGGCUCAAGUAUCAUGAUAAUAUCAUAUCAUGGCUGAAGUAUCGUGAUAAUAUUGUAUCAUUGCUCAAGUAUCGUGAUAAUAUCGUAUCGUGGGGCCAACAGUGAUUCCCAUCCCUAGUUAUUUGAUCCCAUUAAUUUCUGAUCUAAUGAUUUUUCCAACAUUUUCUAACCUCAUCAUAGUCACAGUGUGCAUAUUCAGCAGCAGGCACAGCUACGAGCCGAAAAAAACGAGGACUCCAGUGCAGGACUAGAUUACUCUCCUCAGAUAAUCUGGCUGCUGCCUGCAGAUUAAACUGGCCUGCUCUCCCUCCGUUUUGCGUAUUCUCCCCUUUCUCUCCAAUGGGAGUCAAUGGUGCAGAGGAGAUUACAGCUUAAAGCCCCAUCUCCCAAUCCUCACCCACACACACACACACACACACACACACACACACACCAUCUGACACCUUCUGACUAGCUGGGAUGUUUACACUCUAAGAGGAAAACAAGAAGUAUGGUGUGUAAUCUUUUCUUUUUCUGCGAGUUCAGAGCAGAGCUGUGAACGUGUUUGUUUGUUUGUUUUAUUUAUCUUGUCCAAUCAGCUCUGCUCAGUUUCACUCCUUCAUUUAAAAUCAGUGUUUACAGCGUUUUCUUGUCACUUCAUACCUUUGUCACAUCCCUUCUCCCUCUGCUUCCAAUCUUCAGGUUCGCCUCACCACCCAGCGCCCCAUCCUUUGGCGCUCUAGCCACUCAGAGCGCGCCAUCAUUUGGGGGCCUGGCACAGCAGGGAACUGGAUUUGGAAGUCAGCCGAGCAGCUUCUCAGGCUUUGGACAACAGCCACAGGCGGGAGGUGAGACUACUACUCUACUUCCUCUCUGUUUUUUCCUCCUCUUCUUUUCUUCCCUCAUCAUCUUCAAACAUCCUCUUGCCAACCUGCACUCAGCUGAAGUGCAAACGGGGCAGAAUUGCACCAGAUAGAGAUGUUGUGGUGUGUAGUUGAGUUGCUCAAUGUCAAGUAACAGGCAGCAUAAAGCAGCAUCAGAAAAUGAGGUUCAUGUGUUGGUGUCUGACUGCAUCGACACAAACACGCAGGAUAACACAUGACCAUGUUUUGUCAAAAUAAAAGUCGAACCUGUUCUUCUUCUCCUGUCUGCAGGAUUCUCUGGAAACACUUUUGGGUCUUCAAACCAGUAAGUAUGCCGAACAGUUUGAAUUGAUCUGUCUUUGUAUGUGUGUGAAAUAAUAAUUACACAGACUCACACUUCCACCUGGCAGCAGUGGGUUGCGCCUGAACACUUACACUUUCAUAUAACAGCUCCUCAAAGACACCUUUCGCAUUUCAAACCAGCUCAUCUCCCCUCACUGGUUUCCAUUUCUCUUUUUUUUUAAAUUCUCCUUGUUCAUUUUAAGCCCUGCUGAGCUUAUUGCUGAGUCAGAGUAUGAACAACUAAAUUAACUAAAAAAAAUAAAAUAAAAAAUAAAAAAAACGUGACACGCGGAUUCAACCGUCAAUGUGCAGCUUGGAUUUCUCUAUUUAUUCCAGAAUUCAGUUCCCGCCUUUACAUACAGCCUAGCAAAUAGCACAUCUCGCACACACAGUAAUAGAGGAGGCAGUACGGCCAGCGGGUGGAGGGAAGUACAAACCUGAUACAGAGAUGUAAAUGAAACCUCCGAUGAAUAUGACGUUACGAAGGAAAAUGAACCCUGCCCUCCUGUGAACUUACAUCGGCGAAUACAGAUGGGCAAAUAGCGAUGUUCAAGGACCGACUCUUACAAGCAACUUGCAAAACACUAGUCCGGUGGGCAUGGAAUGACUGACAGCAGACAUAGCCAAUCACACACAGAAAGCGGCCCUGUGGCAGAACCACUCAAGGACCUUGUGGGCGGUCCAAACCGAGGGAAACCAGUUUUCAGCUUGAGCAGCCGUUUGGUCCUAGUGCCUGAUGAGUCUCGGUUUGCUAUAGCGCAAAAUAACAUUGUUUUCAGACGGUUAAAACUGCAGGGGACCAAAACAGGCUUUUGAAGGGGGGAGUCCCCGACCACAAAUUACUUCUGCGUGGAUGAUAAAGAUAAAAAAUAUAGUAAAAUAAAAACACAAAAAACAAAAGGAGAUCAUGACAAAUUGUUCUUCUAUAUAAUUCUUCGAACCUCCUGCUGGGAGUCCCUGUCCCUGAUCUGGGCGCUGCUUGAUCGAACACUCUUGUAGUGCUUCUCACCUAAUUGCCCCCCUGUGAUCAGAUUUUUUACUCCCAUCCUACUGUCCUUUUUUUCCCCGUCCUACUCACCCCUCAUUUCCACUUUCUCCCUCUCCCUCUCGUUCGCUGCCGCGCGUCACACGGCAGCCAGCGUUCCCCGGGGUGUGUUCCAGAGGAAUGCACUCUGAAGUGUGCAGGAGUGUGUGGGGAGACGAGGCUUAGCCCAUCGGACAUAUUCACAUAUUGUUAAUAAUCCCUCUCCCACUGUUCUUGUUUGGCUUUUAUUUUAGACUUCUGUCUACACCAUGGAAACAAAACACAAAAAACUACAUGCACUGAAAUAAAAAAGAGGUGGAAGCACUACGUCAACAUUUAAAUCAUGCAAAAAAUCAUUUAAUUUCAACUUCUUCUGAUAACACUCGAGCAACAAAAAAACUAAUCUCUCUCCCUCUCUUCUUCCAGACCGGCUCAACAAACCUUUUCCAGUUGGAGAAGUUAGUUCUGUUAAAUCUUCUCUGUUUUCUGCAAUCAAGCCCUUUGUGCCACAUUAUUAUUAGAGGGAAGGGGGCAGCAUGUAUCACAUUGGUAUUAAAAGUGGCAAAUAAAGUGAAUGAGGUUACAGUUUUAAUUGUGCUUUCUUUGUAAAAACUGUUUUGAAAACAAAAAAAGGUGUUUGGCAGCUUUCAAAGGUUGAGGUGUUUUAAGUUAUACCCUUACAUUUUUAAGUCUAUCGUAUCUUUUCAAGAACCAUAUGAUGACUUUCACUCCAUGCUUCUUAUGAAAAUAUUCAUUAGCCAUACCUAAGUUUGAUUUUGGCCUCAGGAUUUGUUUGUUUCCUCCAGAGUUUUAAAGUUUUUGUUUUUGCACUUUGAAUUUGCAUUUGAAUACCCAGAAACUUUCAAGCUCUGAACUUUGCAUUCUCUUUGUGGAUUAUGUGAAACACUGGCCUCAGUGUGACAAAUUUCAUCACGGAGAAUGUACCAAACUGAAACAAGCCUGACAUUUUAGACUGUUGUAUAAACUUGGUUCGAGAUAAAAUCUGGAAAUUGGAUAUUUUUUUUAGAUCAUGAUUUUUCCAGCAAAAGCUCAGCUUGAUGUAUAUUUUUACAUGAAAAGUGAAAAUAAAUGAUUUCUCAAAAUAAA